AUGUCCUGUUAUGCCAUCGUUCGACCCCUGCACCGUUCCCUUCUCAUCACUACUCCUCCACUCGCCGCUCGUCCCCACAAACUCGCUAGCUUUCACUCCUCGAUCCCCCACCAUGGUCCUCCCUCAGUCAAGCAUCAGUUACUACGGAUGGCAGAGCUUCAACAAAAGGUGUCCGCUGUCAACUCCAAGAGCCAGAAAGAACACAUCAUUUCCACUUUCCCGGACCUUCGAGAACUUCUCGAGCACGUCAUCGCUGAGGUUGCCAGAAUGUAUCACCCUAAACAUCGUACCCAUCUCGCCUCAGGCUCCAUGCGCAAGUACAUCUCCGCAUAUCCCCUUCCAUGCUCGCACAAAGCUCUCCCACGAAGCCUCAACCAGCUCUUCGAUCUGCUGGCCUCUCGUCAAGUGACCGGUAAUAAGGCCAAGGAUAUCGUAUGGGCUUUUCUACAAGAAAACAGUGUCGGCACGAACGGUCAUCUCUACGAGACGUUUGAGAGAUUAUUGGACAGAAAUCUCGUCGCUGGAUUUGGAGCCAACACUCUCAAGAACAUCGACUGGGGAGAUCAACUACCUCAAAUGAGGCCAAUUCGAUCCACUGCCACCACUCCAUCGCCCUUGCAAACAGACAUACCACCAGUCGCAUCUCCCGCCCCCAGCAGCACCCCGACGUCCCGACCGCCGAAGAAAAGUCACUCUCUCGAAAAGUUCACGUGUGCUCUUGGGAAGAGCAUCGAACCACCUUUCAAAGAGCUAGCGAAGUUCCCCCGGUGGUAUGCUUCCCGCAAGCUCGACGGAGUACGCGUCAUCACCUUCGUUGACUUUCUUCUUCCUCCCUCCGGCAAACCUCAAGUCAUAUCCACCCAAUUCCUCUCUCGAAACGGAAACCCAUUCAACGCCCUGUCAAAGUUAGCAGCCGAGUUGGAACAUUUGAUAUCCUUCCCACAACUCACAGAUUGGCUCUCCCAUGAUCCGGUAGUGAUCGAAGACAGAGGAGAGGAGGGCGUUGUCAAACGUCUGGUCCUAGAUGGUGAGGUAUGUAUACUGCGGCCUAGAGCAGAAGGUGUCAAGGGGGAGGGUGAAGUUGACUACGUGGAGGAUUUUCAAUCUGUGGUGGGGGAGGUCAGACGGUUGGGGCAUGAUAUCGAGAACCCUGCUUAUUUUCUCUUUGACGUCAUACCGUUUGCAGAGUUCGAAGCGGGGACAGCGCUGCCGGCUCCGUUGGGAAAGACUUUUGGGGAGAGAGUUGAGGACAUCAUCGCGGUUGUAUCAUACUUGAAGGAAAGGACGGGUGGAGGGGUAGUGAGGGAACUGGAGCAGUGGGAGGUGAAUGGGAAGGAAGAUGUUGAAGAUAAGGUGGGAAGGGCGGCCGAGAGAGGGUGGGAAGGGUUGAUCAUAAGGGCUGACAAACCUUACAACGGGAAAAGAUCCUCGGACUUGCGUAAAUUCAAAAGGUGGCAAGAUGCCGAGUAUGUCGUCAAAUCUAUUGAUACUGGCAAGAUGCGAUUGGCAGUGGACGGAGUGUUCGGUGAACAUCUGGCAUGCGCCAACGUAUGGAUAGAACACAAGGGUACACCGGUCAGCGUUGGUAGCGGGUUCAGCGCUGAACAGAGGUUGGCAUAUGCCAAAGACCCCGAGUUGAUCGUCGGCAAGGAAAUCACCGUCGAGUAUUUUUCAGAGAGCGAAGCAACCGAUCGGCCUGGCAAGAUGAGCUUACGAUUCCCAAGGGUGAAAGCGGUGUAUGACGGCAAGCGAGAUAUUUGA